AACUCGGUAUAUCAGCACGGAGCUGGGCAUCAGGCAGAAGCUGCUGGUGGCAGUGCUGACCUCACAGGCCACGUUGCCUACACUGGGCGUGGCUGUGAACCGAACUCUGGGACACCGAUUGGAGCGUGUAGUGUUCCUGACCGGUGCGCGGGGCCGCCGGACACCCUCAGGCAUGGCCGUGGUGACACUGGGCGAAGAGCGGCCCAUCGGACACCUGCACCUGGCGCUGCGCCACCUGCUGGAGCAACACGGCGAUGACUUUGACUGGUUUUUCCUAGUGCCUGAUGCCACCUACACUGAGGCGCAUGGACUGGAACGUCUAGCUGGCCACCUCAGCCUUGCCUCGGCAACCCAUCUCUAUCUUGGUCGGCCCCAGGACUUCAUCGGUGGAGAGACCACCCCAGGCCGAUACUGCCACGGGGGCUUUGGAGUGUUACUGUCACGCACACUGCUACAGCAACUGCGCCCCCACCUGGAAAGCUGCCGCAAUGACAUCGUCAGUGCUCGCCCAGAUGAGUGGUUGGGACGGUGCAUCCUUGAUGCCACAGGCGUGGGCUGUACUGGUGACCAUGAGGGUGUGCACUACAACUCUCUGGAGCUGAGCCCUGGGGAACCUCUGCAGGAGGGGGACCCUCGUUUCCGCAAUGCCGUGACAGCCCACCCUGUGUAUGACCCUGUGCACAUGUACCAGCUGCACAAGGCGUUUGCCAGGGCUGAGCUGAACCGCACGUACCAGGAGAUUCGAGAAUUGCAGUUGGAGAUCCAGAAUACUAGCAGACUGGCUGCUGAUGGAGAACGGGCUUCUACCUGGCCAGUGGGCAUUCCAGCACCAUCUCGCCCUGCCUCACGCUUUGAGGUUCUGCGCUGGGAUUACUUCACAGAACAGUACACUUUCUCCUGUGCUGAUGGCUCGCCACGCUGCCCACUGCGUGGGGCUGACCAGGCUGAUGUGGCUGAUGUCCUGGGGACAGCCUUAGAAGAGCUCAACCGCCGUUACCAACCAGCACUGCGGCUCCAGAAGCAGCAACUGGUGAAUGGCUAUCGGCGUUUUGAUCCAGCCCGAGGCAUGGAGUACACAUUGGACUUGCAGCUGGAAGCGCUGACGCCCCAGGGUGGCCGCUGGCCCCUCACCCGAAGGGUACAGCUCCUCCGGCCCCUGAGCCGAGUGGAGAUCUUGCCUGUGCCCUAUGUCACUGAGGCUUCUCGGCUCACUGUGCUAUUGCCGAUAGCCGCAGCUGAGCGUGACCUGGCUUCUAGCUUCCUAGAAGCCUUUGCCACAGCAGCACUGGAGCCUGGUGACGCAGCCUCCUUGACCCUGCUGCUACUGUAUGAGCCACGCCAGGCCCAGCGGGCAGCCCAUGCAGAUGUCUUCGCACCGGUCAAGGCCCAUGUGGCAGAGCUAGAGCGGCGUUUCCCUGGUGCCCGAGUGCCCUGGCUCAGCGUGCAGACAGCUGCACCCUCUCCACUGCGUCUCAUGGAUCUACUCUCCAAGAAGCACCCACUAGACACUCUGUUCCUGCUGGCCGGGCCAGACACAGUGCUCACACCUGACUUCUUGAACCGCUGCCGCAUGCAUGCCAUCUCUGGCUGGCAGGCCUUCUUUCCCAUGCACUUCCAGGCCUUCCACCCUGCCGUGGCUCCACCUCAGGGGCCUGGGCCACCAGAACUGGGCCGUGACACUGGCCACUUUGAUCGCCAGGCUGCCAGUGAGGCGUGCUUCUACAACUCUGACUACGUGACGGCCCGUGGACGGCUGGUGGCAGCCUCUGAGCAGGAGGAAGAGCUGCUAGAGAGCCUGGAUGUGUAUGAGUUGUUUCUGCGUUUCUCCAGCUUGCAUGUGCUGCGGGCGGUGGAACCGGCCUUGCUACAACGCUACCGGGCCCAGCCUUGCAGUGCACGGCUCAGUGAGGAUCUGUACCACCGCUGUCGCCAGAGCAUGCUCGAGGGCCUUGGCUCCCGCACCCAGCUUGCCAUGCUACUCUUUGAGCAGGAACAGGGUAACAGCACCUAGGCCCACACCUGUUCCCUAAUCUUCCCUGAUAACCUGGAGCCACAUGCCAGCCUCGCUGGACAGGGCUGGCUGUAGCCUCAGACCCUAGGGCAGCCCACUGGUCCCUUGUCUUUUGCUUUGUGGGCCCAUGGGCUCAGGACAAGCCCUGAGAGAGAUGCCCUAGAGCCAUCCUUUCUUGUCCAGUCUCCCUGCCCCCUUGACGCUGCUGAUUCAGGCUGUGGCCUCUAUGUAUUUAUGCCCAACGCCAGCCAUGGUUCCUGGGAUCUUGUCCGGGGGGCUGGGCUGUAGAUAAGUUGUUAGAGAAGGAGGAAGCAGAGAAAGGAGGGGUAUGGUAUUACCACCUUCUCCCUUCUGGAUCCAUGAUGAAGCCCUGGCUUUAAUAAACUGGCUACGUGUGGACUAAUGA